AUGGUUGUCCUGGUCCAGAUGCAGCAAAUCAGACACAAACCAUUAUACCACCACCAUGAUGACCUGUUGAUGUCCUUCGAUGAAAAACAAAAUCGAAUGCAGAAGAUGCUGGAAGAGAUGCAAAAAAACAGAGAAGAGAAGAAAAAAAGUGCAGGAGAUCCUAAUUCCCUGCUUUUCCCCGAAUCUAAUCUGUUUAGAACAUGGGGUAGAAAUCUUUCCCAUGACGAGCAGCGUGAGGCGCAGGAGGGCUUUAAAAAAUAUGGAUACAAUGUCUACCUGAGUGACCGGCUACCAAUUAACCGACCACUACCAGACACCCGUGAUCCCAGGUGUGCUACGAAGGUGUAUCCAGAGCAGCUCCCUUCACUCAGUGUGGUUCUGAUCUACCUGAACGAGGCUCUGUCGAUCUUAAAGAGAGCCAUACACAGCAUCAUCCACAGAACGCCUGCUGACCUGCUCAAGGAGAUCAUACUGGUGGACGAUCACAGCACUAAUGAGGACCUGAGAGGGAGUUUUGAUUUCUACAUUGCCAGUACACUGAAGCAGCAUCCUCACCUGAAAAUCCUGAGAGUGAGACACGAUCGGCAGAUGGGCCUCGCCCAUGCACGAGUCUCUGGUUGGACUGCCGCUAGUGCUGACGUGGUGGCCAUUUUAGAUGCACAUAUAGAGGUCAAUGUGCAGUGGGCAGAGCCACUGCUAGCGCAGAUCAAGGCAGACAGAACAGUGAUUGUCUCCCCUGUGUUUGACAAAGUCAAUUAUUACGACCUUGAAGUUGUUCGGUAUAUGCCUGCUGCCCAUGCCUUUGACUGGUCGCUGUGGUGUAUGUACGAGUCUUUCAACCCUGAAUGGUAUACACACAAUGACGCCUCAAUUCCUGGAAAGUCUCCCUCCGUUAUGGGAAUUCUGGUUGCAGACAGAGCUUUUCUGGGUGAGAUCGGCAGCCUGGACGCAGGAAUGGAGGUUUACGGUGGAGAAAAUGUAGAGCUUGGUAUUCGGGUGAGAUUUAUUAAGCAGUGUUGCUGUUACUAUGUGGCUUUAAUUUACUUGCAAAAGCAAGUUCAUGUUCAGGUAUGGACGUGUGGUGGGAGCAUCGAGGUAGUGCCGUGCUCCAAGAUCGCCCACAUAGAGAGAGCCCACAAACCGUAUAUGCCCGACCUGAGCCAUGCCAUGAAGAGAAACGCCCUGCGAGUGGCUGAUAUCUGGAUGGAUGAGUACAAGUAUCAUGUUAACAUAGCCUGGAAUCUUCCCUUUAAAGAUCAUGGCAUUGAUAUUGGGGAUACGUCAGAAAGAAAGAAACUCAGAGAGAAACUAGGCUGUAAACCGUUCAAGUGGUAUUUGGAGAAUGUUUAUCCUAAACUAGACAGCUGGAUCGACCUUGUGGGCUACGGAGGAAUGAAAAAUUUAGAUGCACUGCUGUGCUUGGAUCAAGGUCCUAUACCAGGUCAUGUUCCUGUAGCCUACACAUGCCACUAUUAUAGUUCUCAGCAUACCUUUUACCAAGAAAGCAGCAAGUUCUAUAUUGGUGGGAUCCAGUCUCAUAAAUAUAAUGACAACAGGUGUCUGGUGGAUCCUGGCACGGGGAAUGUCCCUGGUUUAUACCCAUGCAAAGAGGCCUUGAUGAGGAAUAUGGGCAUAUACUGGGAUUUUAAACAGGGUGGUGAACUGCGCAAUCGAGUGACAAACAAGUGUUUGGAAAUACACCAUCACACUCUUGUUAUUCAGAAAUGCUCAGGACAGCGAUGGGAGAUUCAACAUGUUAUCAAACUCUCCUGAUGGUUUUCCCUGUCUCAUUUUCAUUUGCAUGUUCAUGUAAAACUCUAAUGGGAUGUACAAUAUAUACGUAAAUGCCUACAAGUGUACAAGAAUCUUAAACAUAGGAUAUUUUAUAUGAAUAAUUCUUCUUUCUUUAAAAAAAAAAAAAAAAUCAAAUGUCCUUACAACAGCAAAUGUCCUGUUUAUUAAUAUGGAAUAUAAGGAUGUAAUGUGAAGAUCUAUGUAAGGAACACACACUGGGGUGGUGUAAUACAGUCCAUCGCAAAGGGGAGUUACUGUUAAC